GUAGUACAGCAGGACAGUUUGAAGAAAGAAGCGGCUAUAUCUCCAAGGUAACGGUGCUAGUCUGCACGAGGACUGACGUCAGAAGCCGCUUAUGAACUGUCAGUCUUGUCUUCUCCGGUGGAGCCUGCUACUGCUGUUGGAAUGGCGCGACCGGUGAUCCCUCCGCUCAGCAUUCUUCCUACCGCCCCGGAAACCUUCUCUGUGCUGGAGCAGCGAAUGCGUGUAGCUGAAGAGCAAGCAGAAUCCCUGAUCAGUGAACUGCAGGCGCUGGGUCUUACCAGACAUCAAUUCACCAAAUUUAAAGUAACAAAGUCUGCUGAACUUAUUCGUCCAAUCAGCCCAGUGAGGGCCCGGCCAGCGUUUACGGGAGAUGGUGAUACAUUGUGGAAAAACUGUGAAAAUCUUGUCACCCGCAUGUGUCAUAUGGAAAGCGUGCUACACACUUUGAAACUUAAUAUUUUCCGACUGCACACAGAUCGGGAAUUGAGCACAAAACACUCAGGUGAACUUGAGCAUCGUAUGCUUCAGAUGCAAGAAGAGCAUGCCCAAGAACUGAAAGAAGCACAGCUAGAUGUGAUGAGACUGCGGCAAAGGUUAAACUGUGCCAUUGAGGAGGGGCAAAGAGAACGGGAAGCCAAGGAGCGGCUGAGCGCCGCCCUCGAGAUUGCCACAACCACUAAGACUGACGUGGCUAUUGCAGCUGAGGAGCUAAAAUCUACAAAAGCUUGUAUGAGUCAAAGGCUAGCAAAGCUGCAAGACAAGUUAUCACAAGAAGCAGCUCUGCGGGCAUUGCUUGAGGAGGAGCAGGCGGCACUGCUUCUUACAGUGCAGGACAUGAACAAUGUUGUAGAAGAGGAGCGGACACAGGUUCAGGAGCUGCAGCAGUAUUGCCAGAAUAUAAACAGAGAAAGCAAAGAAAUGAAAGACAAACUAGAGAAUGCAGAAUCAAGGUGUCUGAAAGCUGAAAGGGACAACCAUCAGUUGCGGAGUGAAAUGGAGGCAAAGGACUCGCUUGUAAACCAGCUAUAUGAGGAAAUUAAGGUUAUUAAGCAGAAGUGUGAAGAAGAACAGGCUGAACUUGCACGGUUGCGAGCAGACUCUGUUGCUCUGCGGGAAGCUGCAGAAAAUGUUCAGUGUUUAAAUCAGCAGUUGGAGAAUCAAUGCUCAGAACUUACUGACACUGUGCAGAGACUGACCGACCAAAACCUCCAUCUGGUGGCCCUACACCAGCAGGAACUCAAGGUAGCACAGGACACUAUGGCAAAAAAACUGCAAGAACAGGAAGCCGUGAUGACUGUUGUCCAGACGAGCCUGGGUGGGGAAGUGCAGAAAAUGCUAAGUGGGCGAACACAGCUGGAGAGAGAACUGGAAUCGCUCCGCACUGAGCACAGUAAGUGUAAGGAAAGAGCCGCACAUCUAGAGCAGAAAACCUCUGUGCAAGUGGAAAUGCAAGAGAACACCAUUGCUUGUCUGAGAUCUGAUCUGAACUCUGCCCUUCAGGAUAAGGCAGAAUUAGAAAAUGAAAAGUUACUGCUACAGGAUGAGCUUUAUAAGACUCUUGAUGAUUUAUUGGCGAAAAAACAAAACUUGGAAGUUCAGAUGACUGAAAACAAGCUGGAACAGGAGUUACUCCAGAGUUCUCUGUGGGUGCAAGAGCAAGAAAAUAAGCGUCUUGUAGAACGCGUGGCAGCACUAGAGGAAGAACAGCAUGCAAAGAGACAGGUGGAGUUGGUAUUAAAUGAACUGACGGAUAGCAAGAACAAACUGGCUUAUGAAAAAGGGAAACUGCAGAGCACAGUAGAGCAGUUGCAGUCUGAUCUGCAGUCUUUUGGUGAUGCGCAAUCGGAGAAUUCCAAACUCCGCCAGCUUAAUGCAGCCUUACAGGCCAGGUACACCCAGGUAAAUUCAGAACUUGACUCAAGCAAAAUUCAGCUGCAGAGAUUAGAAGCAAAGUUCCAGCAGACUGAACACUUAUUACUUUGUAAAGAGGAAGAGCUCGCAUUAGCAGCUCAGGCCAGAAAUGAAGCCAUCAAAGAAGAGAGAAGACUCAAGCAGCAGAUUGUCACCUUAGAGGAGACGGAGGGGCACGCUAAAUCUGCCCUUCAGCAGCAACUGUCUAAGUUAUGUGAGGAGAGGACCAGAAUGUCUGAAACGUUAGAAAAUGUCUUGUCCUCUCAUGCCAAGCUCCAGAAACACCUAGAAAUACUGCAGACAGAAUUAGGACGGAAAGACAAUGACCUGUUAAGCUUCCACAAAGAUAGGGGUCGUAGCCGGAAACAGAUAGAGAAACUAAAAGCCGAGCUUUUAGAAUGCAACACAAGGCUACAUGCUGCAGAGCACCAGAGACGUGGAGAGGUAGAACCACUGCAGAAAUGUCUUGCAAUUGCUCAAGAGGAUAACCGAAAGCUUGCCCAAGCAUUGGACCUGGCUUUAAAGAGAAACUCUACUUUAGAAAAAGAGCUUGAAAACAAAGAAUUACACGAGAAGCAAUUGUUUCUGAACCAGACAAAAGCUGAGGAAGAUUACAUAAUUAAGCAAAAGCUAUUUGAGGAGCAGCUUCUAUCCUUAAAGAAACAACACCACGUGGAGAUUAAGGAAGCAAAGAAAGCAGCAAGAAUGGAGGUUACAGAGGAUCUAGAGGCCGAGCUGAAGCAUAUGAAGAACAUGAAGGAAUCUUAUGAGAAGAACAAUAAUGAACAGUGUAAGCAUAUUCAAGAAUUUCUGAAUGAAGUUGACAGUAUACGCAAAGAGAUUGAUACAGCCACAACACAGGGCGCAAAGGAAUCAAACCUUCAGAGUCAGUUGGAGGAAGAGUUGACAUCCAGACAGAUGUUGGAGCAAAGGUGUAAGGAACUGGAAUGCAGAGUUCAGGAGCUGCUAAAAGGGAAGUUAGACACAGAAAGUUUAAGAGAUGCCAAUCAACAGUCUGAACAGGUCACAGUUAAUCUUAAGGAAGCCCACAGUUGGUUGAAGUCCAAUUUGGAUGAACUGCAGUUACAAAUGUUGAGAAACAAACAAAAGAGUAUGAAGAAGGUGCGUAAGGAGUUUAACAAUUUGAAAAUGUCACCAUACUUUCCUACCUCUACUCUGGAACACUGGGAGACCAAACAGAAGCUCCAGCUGAUUUCCAGGAAUUUGCUGCUUGAAGAUAAAACCACCUGAAAUUAUGAAGAAAUAUUCCUAUGAUCAUUGCUGCUAAAAGUUUUCACUAAUUUCACGUAUUAUGUCUGUACAUUGUGAUACUUUAUUACUAUAAAGGGGCCUUCAUACGUGGCAGAUUUUGUUGCAGAAAAUGUACGGAACUAAUAAUUGGUUCAUUUGAUCUGAAAGGGCUUGCUUGGCAGCAAGCACAUGGGUUUCUGCAAUUCCCAUUCGAAUGAAUGGAACUAAUUUUUAGUUGAAGAAAUUUAUACAACAAAAAAUGCCUCGUGAAGGCACCCUACAUUUUCUAUUUUUCUAUUAAAAUUCACAUAGUCUUCUUUUUGCUGAUUUUACUUUCAACUAUUUAUAAAAUGAGGGUUGAUUAACUAGCUGGAUGGUCUGUUAUAGUGUCAUCAGGGAUGGACAUGUCUGUUCAGCCCACUGUGUAUGGAAGUGUUUAAGAGGCCUGUACAUAGCGUAUACAAGUUAACUCCACUCCCUCCAGUUCAUAAAUGAAGCUUGUUAGUAUUGCUUAAUACAUCCUUAAAGUUUAAACUAGGUAAAAAUGCUGCCAGUAGGACCUCCACCUGUAUCCUACAGUCACCAAUGUUGCUGUACUGCUAGAGAAGCAAUGAGGGAGUCAGGAGCUGGUUAACAAUGGUCUGAAACAAUUUAAUUUAUUUCUUUUUUCUGCUGCCUGUAUCCCUGAAGGACCUUAUGUUUGAGGAUUACCUUGCCUAACAUUUGCUUAACCCCUUCCGGCAUUGUCACAUACUUGUACAUCGUGGAAAUGGGUCAGUUUCCUGCACUCCAGCUAACAUGUGAUGGUGAUCGCACAGGGAUGCCGACACCUGUGUUUGAUAGCCAUUUUCCAGCGCUAAAUCUGGAGAGAACUAUUUAACCCUUUUGCACUGCUAUCAGUGUAGAUCUCAGUGCUGACAAAGGGAGGGGGAUCCUUUUGGUCUGUCCUUGUCUGUUUCGGCUGACUGGGAAAUUGUUACAGCCCUGGGCCUAAUAAAGGCAAAUAGGACUGUUUAGUCCUUUAGUGUAUGUUAGGGAAAACACUAAGCAAGGAUAAGGGAAUAUCUUUCCUUCAACCUUCCGGAUGAUCCUUUUGUGC